AUGCCGUCAAUUGGCACAGACGCACAGUCUAAACAUAAUACAAAAAAGUCAUUGCCAUCAUUAAAUCCAACUGCAUCGGAAUUCAUUCCUGUAUCUUCCGUUGCGACAUGUGGUGAUUCUACCACUGCUACGACUUCUACUGCUGGAGUCGCUGUCACUACUAUAACUGCCAACUCGAUUGCAUCUUCAAAAAAGUCUCGGAAAAACCGUCGAGGCAACUCCGGAAAAAGUCGACCGUCCAGUACAUCCAGUACAUCUUGUUUGAAUACCUCGAAUUCAGUCGUCGAGGGGUCAUCAUCAACCUCUGCAAAUGAACAAUCUGCCAGAUCUCGAAAAAAUCAGUCCUUGUCAACUUUGAGGAACCAGGCUCGAUGUUCAAGCACUCCAAAGUCACCAUCAAAACUGCCCAGUGGUUUACACUUCUCGCUUAGUAAGUUGUCGGAUACCCCUUCAUCUGUGUCAGAUCAACAGAAUAUUACACAUCCAAGAAACAACAAUGGUGGUACUCGUUUAAAAGGCAGCAGGGGUGGCAGAAAGAACAACACUUGCGAACCAUCUGGUGAAAAAUCCACUGCAGAUCUACUAGAAGCCCUUACUGAUGAUUUGACAAAUCAGUUGUAUGACUGUAUGGUUUGCUACGAUACUGUAAAAACUAGAGACUCGAUUUGGAAUUGCAGCGUAUGCUACGCUGUUUUUCACCUAAAGUGUAUAUCUCAGUGGGCAAGAAAAUCCUCUCAGGAAUACAAUGGAAAUGAGCCAACCCGUUCCAUGGAAUCUUGGCGUUGUCCUGGUUGCCAAACCAUGAAUGAUUGUGUUCCGAUAGAUUACAAAUGCUUUUGCACCAAAAUUAUCAACCCCGCCGUGAAUGCGUACAGCUGUCCUCACAGUUGUGGUCAGACAUGUGGUAAAGAUCGCAAUUGUACGCACAAGUGUCCAGUUCAAUGCCAUCCAGGCCCAUGCCCUCCAUGUGAACUCUCUGCACCGCCAUUGUCUUGCUACUGUGGAGAUGGAAAAUUGGUAGUUCGUUGUACUGAACUUUCAAGUAUUGAUUUCCAACCAUCAUGUGGAAAUACAUGUUCAAAAAAACUGAGAUGUGGAAACCAUUCAUGCACAAUGAUUUGCCAUCCACCUCCAUGCCGUCCUUGCUUGGAGACUAUUUCCGUGUCUUGCUUCUGCGGAGCCGAGGAACAUACUAUUCCAUGUGGCGAUCAAGAAGAUGGCUACUCGUGCGGGAAACUUUGCACACACAAGUAUGCUUGUGAUAUUCAUAGUUGUGAUAGGCCAUGCCACGAAGACAAACACGAAGGGACCAAAAUAUGUCCUUUGGAUCCAAGCAUAGUUGUCCGCUGUCCGUGUGGAAAGUUUUCUAUAUCAGAACUGUCGCCUAAUGAACCUCGACUGACUUGCGAUCAACCAAUUCUCACAUGCCAAGAAUUUUGCGACAAAAAGCUAGCAUGUGGACACACUUGUGAAUCUAUAUGCCAUUCAGGCGAAUGCUCCUUGUGCAAUCGAUUGGUGACUAUAUUUUGCCGAUGUGGCAAGCAAGAAAUCAAAACCUCUUGUUCUACUUUGACAAUAGAUCCAUCUACUGGACUAGCAAAACCUCCCCUAUGUGCUCGUCCGUGUGGAAAACGUUUAACUUGUCGCCGUCAUAAUUGUCAGGACACAUGCUGUAAAAAAUCUACUGAAAUGCAUGCUUGUGAAUCAGCUUGCAAUAAGCGUCUGGCUUGCAAACUUCAUAACUGUAUGCUUCCUUGUGGUCAUCAAGGAAAAUGUCACGAUUGUGUCGAGGGUGUGAGUUUUGAGGAGCUGAGUUGUAGCUGUGGACGAACCAUUAUGUAUCCUCCAAUUCCUUGUAAUACACCACCACUAAAAUGCAACCAUCCAUGCCGUCGUCGUCGUCCGUGUGGACAUUCCGAUAUUACGGCACACUACUGCCAUGAUGAUAGUGAAUCCUGUCCUCCUUGCACAACCUUUGUAGAGCGUAGAUGUGCAUGUCAAGCAACCAUCAUGCCUAAUGUUCCUUGUUCGCGCCAAGGUGCACCAUCCUGCGUUAAACUCUGUCCUAAAACAAUAGAUGGCUGUGGUCAUGCAUGUCAAAGAAUCUGCCAUGCUGGUCUUUGUGUAAACGAUAGUUACCGCUGCCUUGAAAAGUGCGGUAAAGUUCGAUCCAUAUGUGGUCACAGUUGCACAGACUCUUGUCAUGGAACUCGCGAAUGCAUAGAAUCUACUUUUUGUAAGCAAGCCGUUAAACAUGCAUGUCCUUGUGGGAAUCGCUCCGUUACUACUGUGUGUGGUGCGCUACAAGGAAAACUUGCUAUAUCUCCAAAUAUGGAAUGUGACGAGUCUUGUCUCCAAAAACAGCGUAAUGAACGUCUUGCAAAUGCACUAGGCAUUGACACCACUGAGCUUGAUACACCAUCUGGCGCUCCUAUAAACGCCGUGUAUUCGGACAGUCUUAUUCGUUCUGCAUUAAGUUUCAAAAGUGUUGUAUUAGCCACCCAAAAGACACUUGCCGAGUUGGUCAAUGAUCCUAGUAAGCAAUAUUUUUAUUUUCCAAAACAGCGCAUGUUUUCGGCCAAUACGUUGAUUUUGGAGCUUGCACCGUUUUAUGGAUUUGCUGCAGCGCUUUUGGAUGCAAAUGUUGGUAAAGGAACCGUCGUUGUUCGUCGUGUAGCAAACCGCCCACCUUUUAUUCCAGACAAAUUACUAUCUGAAGUGGCUGAAGAGUACGAUCCAAAUGCACCAGUUGCUACUAGCAACGACACGGUUGAUUUAAAAUUAGAUCUUGACCCAUUUAUUCCAAAUGCGGUACUGGUGCGCGGUGUGCCAUUGGAAGCAGAGGUAGACAACAUCAAAGCUAUUUUGCGACCCAUAUGCAAUUUUAUGAAUAUGGCCGCUACACUUUCGUGGAUUUCGGAUAUAGAUUUCUUGGUGACAUAUGAGCGCUACGCAGUGUGGGGGAGUAUCAAGGAAAAGGAAGCAGAAGUGCCAUCAAUACUUGCAGAUCGAAUCAAUGCUGCUAUGGUGACUGAUAUUGGCUGGGCCACCAACGUUGUUGAAUGCCAAGUCUUUCACAAUGGAACAAUUAGACUUGAAGACAAUCAUGUUCUUAAGCGCGAUACAUCCAACUCUGCCAUUUCAGUUCGUCGCAUUGCCGAUCAGAAAGAUGAUGGCUGGAAAUUUGUCAAGUCGUCAAAAAAUCCUGGCGUUCCGAUUAAUGAUGAUUUUAUUGUUCCUUCCAUGCCUGAACAGAUAUUUGGUGAAUCAUCAUCUGGCAAACGCGGCGGAAGCCAUUCUCGAUGGUAUGAUGGAGAUUCUGAUUUUUAA